AUGGAGCGUGCAAAGAUACUAUUUAUGCAGGACCCUAAAAAUAAAACCAGUCAGCCAUUCAAGUAUGAGCAUGUGUGGACAAUUAUGAAAGACUCCGUGUUGUUCGAGUGUACGUUACAACGGCGAAGUUUAACAAUGUCUCAACACAGUGGGCUCCCAGAGUCCCCAAUUUCACCUAAUCCUGAGCUAUUUAAUUUUUCUAUAAAUUUAAGUGAUGAAAAUACUAGUGGCGGUACAUCAUCACAGCGGCCAGAAGGCGUUAAAAAAACAAAAUUAAAGAGAAAAAAAAAAAGAGAUGAUGUGUCUGUCGUAGUGAAGACAAUAAAGGAAGUGAA